UUUUAUUUUGGUUUGGUUUUGGCUUACCGUUUUUUGAUUUGUAAGCGUUCUCGGUGUAUUAGCCCUUUAUCUUUUUUUUUUUUUAACGCGUAUUUUCCCUCAGGUUCCCUUUUGACUACUUAGCGUUUUUUUCGUUGCCUUUUAACCCAAAAGCCAAACUAGGUAGAAGGUGACGUCUGAGUUAACUGCGGAAGGCCAGAUGAAGUUGGUUGGGUGCCCGGGCAAAAGGGCAUAGUGACAAGAGAACAUCGUGAAUCUCAAAACGAAAAACAAUGACUACGCACAUUCCAACCGGCGCACAAACGUGAUCCUGGCCACCUACAGCCUGCCUCUAGUCUCCUCCUCCAGGCCGGCGCCUGGCGCUUGUGUCUGACGUCACGGACGCACCGCACAGUUCACUUAGGCCGCGCAACCUCCGUGGCGGUCCACCCGGCGCGCAGAUGCGAGUAUUCUUGCGGCGCCGGAAGUCAAAGGCACGUGACCGGGUGACAGCACUCUCUAGGUUGCCGGGCUCGUUUUAGGUGUUGGCACGGGAUGGCGGAGGCGCCUCCUGUCUCAGGUACUUUUAAAUUCAAUACGGAUGCUGCUGAGUUUAUUCCUCAGGAGAGAAAAAAUUCUGGUCUAAAUUGUGGGAGUCAAAGGAGACUAGAUUCUAAUAGGAUUGAUAGAAGAAAUUAUAGUUCACCACCUCCCUGUCACCUUUCUCGGCAAGUCCCUUAUGAUGACAUCUCUGCUGUUCAUCAGCAGAGUUAUCCUUUGGGAAGCAAACCUAAAAGUCAACAGAUUUCUUUUCAGUCCUCUGCUUCUAACAAAUCACUCAAGAGCCAUGGCCUUCAGAAUCAACCUUGGCAGAAAUUGAGGAGUGAAAAGCAGCAUAUCAAAGUCAAGAAAGUACAGAAUCUCACUGACCAGACCUCAGAUGCAGCUGGCUUAGAAAGUAUGGCUAGGUCAGAGAGUGGGACAAACCCCAGAGAACAUAGCCCUUCUGAGAAUGAGAAGGAAAUUAUUGGUGCAGAUCCCAGGGGAGCAAAACCCAAAAAAGCAGCCCAGUUUGUUUACAGCUAUGGUAGAGGACCAAAAGUCAAAGGAAAACUCAAAUGUGAGUGGGGUAACAGAAUGACUCCAAAAUCCGAGGAUGCUGGACCUGAAAAUACCAAACCUGUGGGGGUUAUCCACCCUGACUCUUCGGAUACAUCCUUUAAGAAAGGAGUAUUAGAUGGGUAUGCGGCCAGACGCAAUGAGCAAAGAAGAUACCCACAGAAAAGGCCUCCCUGGGAAGUGGAAGGGGCCAGGCCACGACCAGGCAGGAAUCCACCAAAACAAGAGGGCCAACGACCUACAAAUGCCGGACCCAGAAACAACAUGGUCCCCAUUCCAAAGGAUAAUCCUAAUGAAAGACCAGCAAAAUCUGCCUGUGACAGUGGGAACUUGUCAGUCGUCAACAAGUCUUCCAGAAGGGUUGACCCAGAGAAAUGUGCUGUAAGGAGGCAGGAUCCUCUAGUAACAUCUUUCCCCCGAGGCAAACAGAACCAUGUGCUAAAGAAUGUGGAAACACACACAGGUUCUCUAAUUGAACAGCUAACUACAGAAAAAUAUGAGUGCAUGGUGUGCUGUGAAUUGGUUCGCGUCACAGCACCAGUGUGGAGUUGUCAGAGUUGUUACCAUGUGUUUCAUUUGAACUGCAUAAAGAAAUGGGCACGGUCUCCAGCAUCUCAAGCAGAUGGCCAGAGUGGUUGGAGGUGCCCUGCCUGUCAGAAUGUUUCUGCACAUGUUCCUAAUACUUACACUUGUUUCUGUGGCAAGGUAAAGAAUCCUGAAUGGAGCAGAAAUGAAAUUCCACAUAGUUGUGGUGAGGUUUGUAGAAAGAAACAGCCUGGCCAGGACUGCCCACAUUCCUGUAACCUUCUCUGCCAUCCUGGACCUUGCCCACCCUGCCCUGCCUUCAUGACUAAAACAUGUGAAUGUGGAAGGACCAGGCACACAGUUCGCUGUGGUCAGGCCGUCUCAGUCCACUGUUCCAAUCCAUGUGAGAAUCUUUUGAACUGUGGUCAGCACCACUGUGCUGAGCUGUGCCAUGGGGGUCAAUGCCAGCCUUGUCGGAUCAUACUGAACCAGGUAUGCUACUGUGGCAGCACUUCCCGAGAUGUGUUAUGUGGAACAGAUAUAGGAAAGUCUGAUGGAUUUGGCGACUUUGGCUGUUUAAAGAUAUGUGGCAAGGACUUGAAAUGUGGGAACCAUACAUGUUCUCAAGUGUGCCACCCUCAGCCCUGCCAGCCAUGCCCACGGCUUCCCCAGCUGGUGCGCUGUUGCCCUUGUGGCCAGACUCCUCUCACCCAAUUGCUAGAACUUGGAAGUAAUGGUCGGAAAACAUGCAUGGAUCCUGUCCCUUCGUGUGGAAAAGUGUGCGGCAAGCCUCUGUCAUGUGGUUCCUUAGAUUUCAUUCAUACCUGCGAAAAGCUCUGCCAUGAAGGAGACUGUGGACCAUGCUCUCGUACAUCAGUUAUUUCCUGCAGAUGUUCUUUCAGAACAAAGGAGCUUCCAUGUACCAGUCUCAAAAGUGAAGCAGAUGCUACAUUUAUGUGUGAUAAGCGGUGUAACAAGAAACGGUUGUGUGGACGGCAUAAAUGUAAUGAGAUAUGCUGUGUGGAUAAGGAGCACAAGUGUCCUUUGAUUUGUGGGAGGAAACUCCGUUGUGGCCUUCAUAGAUGUGAAGAACCUUGUCAUCGUGGGAACUGCCAGUCCUGCUGGCAAGCCAGUUUUGAUGAACUAACCUGCCACUGUGGUGCGUCAGUGAUCUACCCGCCAGUUCCCUGUGGUACAAGACCCCCUGAAUGUACCCAGACCUGCGCCAGAGUCCAUGAAUGUGACCAUCCAGUGUAUCAUUCUUGUCAUAGUGAAGAGAAGUGUCCCCCCUGUACUUUCCUAACUCAGAAAUGGUGCAUGGGAAAACACGAGUUACGGAGCAACAUCCCCUGUCACCUGGCUGAUAUCUCUUGCGGAUUACCCUGCAGUGCCACGUUACCAUGUGGGAUGCACAAGUGUCAGAGACUCUGUCACAAAGGAGAGUGUCUUGUGGAUGAGGCCUGCAAGCAGCCCUGCACCACCCCUAGAGCUGACUGUGGCCACCCAUGUAUGGCCCCCUGCCACCCCAGCUCACCCUGCCCCAUGACUGCAUGUAAAGCCAAGAUAGAGCUGCAGUGUGAAUGUGGACGAAGAAAAGAGAUGAUGAUUUGCUCUGAAGCAUCCAGUACUUAUCAAAGAAUAGCUGCUAUUUCCAUGGCCUCUAAAAUAACAGACAUGCAGCUUGGAGAUUCAGUGGAAAUCAGCAAAUUAAUUACUAAGAAGGAAAUUCACCAAGCCAGGCUGGAGUGUGAUGAGGAGUGUUUAGCCUUGGAAAGGAAAAAGCGGUUAGCAGAGGCAUUUCAUAUUAGUGAGGAUUCCGAUCCUUUCAAUGUACGUUCUUCAGGGUCAAAAUUCAGUGACAGUUUAAAAGACGAUGCCAGGAAGGAUAUAAAGUUUGUCAGUGACAUUGAAAAAGAAAUGGAAGCCCUUGUGGAGGCCGUGAAUAAGGGAAAGAACAGUAAGAAGAGCCACUGCUUCCCUCCAAUGAACAGAGACCACCGCCGGAUCAUCCACGACCUAGCCCAAGUGUAUGGCCUGGAGAGCGUGAGCUAUGACAGUGAACCAAAGCGCAAUGUCGUGGUCACUGCAGUCAGAGGGAAGUCCAUUUGUCCUCCUAGCACGCUGACAUGUGUCCUUGAAAGGGAAAUGCAGUCACGGCCUCCACCACCAAUUCCUCAUCACAGACAUCAGACAGACAAGAAUCCUGCAAGCAGUAAUUUACAGAAAAUAGCCAAGGAACCAGUAAUUGACUACUUUGAUGUCCAGGACUGAGAAGAUCAAGAUGCACUUAGAUAAAAGAAUGAUUAGGUGUGAUGGAGACUUGUUUGCCAGCAGAUAAAUCAUGCUUGUUCCCAACUGCCUGGUGGACUCACACACAGGUCUCACAUACUGUCUUGUACUGAUACGUCCAAAGCAUGAGUGUGUCAGAAGUCCCCUUGUCCCCUCUUCUGUCUGUAUAAAGUGUUUCAGUACAGCCAGA